AACAGCUGCAGCCGGCGCUGAGCCCGCCUGGAAUGCGGGAACAGACUGCGCACCAGGACUUUUAUGGAAACUUGCUGCUCGAGACCGCGGCGGCGGCGGCGGCAGCCAGAGGGCUCCCAGCGGCUGGAGCAGCAGCGGCGGCAGCAGCAGUCUUAGCACCCAGUCUCUUGCCGGCACUUGAGGCGCAGGGCGCACACAGACUCUCCACGCGCAAGGACAUUUCGCUUCUCGCGGGCUCCUGGCGGGUGCAAAAAUAUAUACCACUUCAUAAUUGCCUGAAGACCACAUUAAAGUGAAAAUGAAUGAUAUUUCCCAAAAGGCUGAGAUUCUGCUUUCUUCAUCUAAACCUAUCCCAAAAAGCUAUGUGCCAAAACUUGGCAAGGGUGAUGUAAAGGAUAAGUUUGAAGCCAUGCAAAGAGCCAGGGAAGAAAGAAACCAAAGGAGAUCUAGAGAAGAAAAGCAAAGAAGAAAAGAACAAUAUAUUAGAGAGAGAGAAUGGAACAGGAGAAAGCAGGAGAUUAAAGAAAUGCUUGCUUCAGAUGAUGAUGAAGAGGUAUCUUCUAAAAUAGAAAAGGCUUAUGUCCCAAAGCUAACAGGAACUGUUAAAGGUAAAUUUGCUGAAAUGGAGAAACAAAGACAAGAAGAAGAAAAAAAGAGAACAGAGGAAGAACGAAAACGCAGAAUUGAGCAGGAUAUGUUAGAAAAGAGGAAAAUACAGCGUGAAUUAGCAAAAAAGGCUGAGCAGAUUGAGGACAUAAACAAUACGGGAACUGAAUCAGCAUCAGAGGAAGGAGAUGAUUCGCUACUUGUGACAGUGGUACCUGUCAAAUCACACAAAAUAUCUGGAAAAAUAAAAAAGAAUUUUGAGGAUCUAGAAAAAGAACGAGAAGAAAAAGAGAGGUAUGAAGAAGAUAAAAGAAGAUCUGAAGAACGGCAAUCUCUGAAGGAAGCAAAAUGUCUUUCAUUGGUCAUGGAUGAAGAAAUGGAAAGCAAGGCAAAAAAGGGAUCAUUUUCUCCUGGAAAACUGAAAUUAACUUUUGAAGAACUGGAAAGACAAAGACAAGAAAACCAAAAGAGGCAAGCUGAAGAAGAAGCAAGACAACGUUUAGAAGAAGAGAAGAGGGCUUUUGAAGAAGCAAGGCGCCAAAUGAUAAAUGAAGAGGAGGAAAACCAAGACACAGAAAAACUGUUUAAAGAGUACCGCCCUGGUAAACUCAAACUCAGUUUUGAAGAAAUAGAAAGGCAGAGGAGAGAAGACAAAAAAAGGAAAGCAGAAGAAGAAGCCAGAAGAAGAAUAGAGGAAGAAAAGAAGGCAUUUGCUGAAGCAAGGAGGAGCAUGGUGAUAGAUGAUGACUCUCCAGAGAUAUACAAAACAAUCUCUCAAGAAUCUCUUACACCAGGAAAACUGGAAAUUAAUUUUGAAGAAUUAUUAAAACAAAAAAUGGAAGAAGAAAAACGACGAACAGAGGAAGAACGGAAGCAUAAGCUAGAAAUGGAGAAACAGGAAUUUGAACAACUGAGACAAGAAAUGGGAGAGGAAGAGGAAGAAAAUGAAACCUUUGAACUUAGCAGGGAAUACGAAGAACUAAUAAAAUUAAGAAGAAGUGGAUCUAUUCAAGCAAAAAAUCUAAAAAGCAAGUUUGAAAGAAUUGGACAGUUAUCUGAAAAAGAAAUACAGAAGAAGAUAGAAGAAGAGCGAGCAAGAAGAAGAGCAAUUGACCUUGAGAUUAAAGAGCGAGAAGCAGAAAAGUUUCAUGAGGAAGAAGAUGUAGAUAUAAAGCCAGCAAAAAAAAGUGAGGCUCCAUUUACUCAUAAAGUGAAUAUGAAAGCUAGAUUUGAACAAAUGGCUAAGGCAAGAGAAGAAGAAGAACAAAGAAGAAUUGAAGAACAAAAAUUACUUCGCAUGCAGUUUGAACAGAAGGAAAUUGAUGCAGCACUACAAAAGAAAAGAGAAGAGGAGGAAGAAGAUGAGGGCAGCAUCAUGAAUGGUUCCACUACUGAAGAUGAAGAACAAACCAGAUCAGGAGCUCCAUGGUUCAAGAAGCCUCUAAAAAACACAUCAGUUGUAGACAGUGAGCCAGUCAGAUUUACUGUUAAAGUAAUGGGAGAGCCCAAACCUGAAAUCACAUGGUGGUUUGAAGGAGAAUUACUGCAGGAUGGAGAAGACUAUCAAUAUAUUGAAAGAGGAGAAACUUACUGCCUUUAUUUACCAGAAACUUUCCCAGAAGAUGAAGGAGAGUAUAUGUGUAAAGCAGUCAACAAUAAAGGCUCUGCAGCUAGUACAUGUAUUCUAACCAUUGAAAGUAAGAAUUAAUGAUUCUUUUAAUCUAACUUUUCUAUUUAAAAAGAAAUUACCUUUAAAAAAAAAAUCACCUUUCUUCCUUCUUCUCUUUUUUAGCUGACGACUACUAAUUCACUCCCUCCCCUCCCCCUGGAACUUUCUCGCUCUCCAACUUUCUUACUUCAUCCAUCUUUUCUGUGGCGGGGCCAAAAAAGGAAACGAGAAGUGCCACUGUGCUGAUUUCUUAUUCCUUUUCAUAACAGUCUUCAAAACACAAGCUCCUCUAAGGAAUACCUACUUCCUUUCUAAACAAACAUCAGAUUCAUUGCCAUAUCAUGCAAUAGCAGUCAAUAAACAUGUUAUUUAACUGGAGGAACUGAGAAAUUUAUUCAUUUAUUCUAUUGGACCCUGUUGAGAAGGAUGUUAAUUCCCAUCAGAGUUUACAGCAAUUAUGAUUUAAAAGAAAUAAAAUAAGUAGAAAGCAUUAUUUUGCAUGAAAUAAUGUCAUUUAUGGGCUAUUUACUUAAACUUAGUAGGAAAUGGCUGUUUUUUUUCAAGAAUUUGGAAUCCAUCAAUUUGGGUGGGUUUUCUAGUUGUAGUUUUGAAGUUUUUCUGAAGCAGAUUUUUUUGAGGGGAAGGGAGUUAAUCCUUUUAAAGGAGGAGCAUGGGAAAAAACAAAA